CGUAGGCGUGUCUCGCGAUGCUUUAUAAAUUGAACAGAAAGGCGGCUGGUUUGUUUCUAUUGAGCGUCUGUAAAAUGGACCGUAACGAACCGAGUCACACGUUCUCGCUGUGGAUCCUGGUUUUUGUUUUCUUCGUCUCUUCAGCAGCUGAAGCUCAGGCUGUGGUGAUGGCUUCUCCUCGCCUCAUCUCCUCGGCCCCGGGUGAUGACGUGGUGCUGCGCUGUCACCUGGAGCCUCCGGUCGACAUACAGGCUCUGACGGUGGAGUGGUCCAAACCCGACCUCCGGCCCGACCCGUGGGAUCCGCUGAGGCGGGUCCAGUACGUGCACGUGCACCGUAACGGAGGCGAAGUGACAGACAUGAAGCUCAGGUCGUACGCUGGGAGGACGGAGCUGCUCACGGAGCAGCUGAGACAUGGGAACGUAUCCCUGAAGAUCCUCAACGUGACGCUGGCAGACGCAGCCAGAUACAGAUGCUUCAUCCCCAAGUUAAAGAGCGCAGUGAGGGAGGCCACGGUGCAGCUGGUGGUCGAUCCAUAUUUGAUUAAACCCUCAACAACAGAGACGCCUCUGGAUCCCAGAAACCUCACAACCCGAGAACCACAGGACCAAACAAACGCUGCAGCAGGAGGUCGGUCCAGUCUGGGCAUUCUUGCAGCGUCAUUCUGUGUCCUUGAGCUGCUUGGUGGAGUGUGUUUGUGGCGUCAUUAUAAAAAAAACAGCUUAAAAGACGACUCCAGAAGAACCUGGGAUCCUGCGUAAGGACUAGUUGAGUGUCAUUAGGGAUUUAAAUCAGUUUUUAUACCAGGGACCCAGUGAUGGUUGAUACCAACAAGCAGCAAACUGUCCUGUUGAGGACCUGUCCGCUUAACAUGAUAAUGAGAUGCAACCAUCCUUGAACCCAUAAACAUCACAGAUGUUUAUGGGUUCAAGGGCUUCAGUCAGCAGGCUGCUGUUCAAGCAGUUUAUCAUUACAUCAUGUCUCUGGAUUCAACAAAAAGACUUCUUCCACAGAUCAUUAACAUCCACCAGAGUCGUUUCUGGUCGGAGCCUUUGUGGGUCAGAGAUGAUGGACACUACACCACUCAAACACGUUUAAGAUGCAGCUGUUUAUUUAUUGUGAUUCAGCCUUGUUAGUGUUUCAUGUGUGUUAAACCUGUGGGAGUGUGUUGGCCUAAUAACAGACCGACGUCCUGUGAAGGAGCCUUUGUUUCAUCCAUGAAGAAUGAGUUAAGUUUUAUAUGACGCAGACUUGGAUUCAAUCACUGUUGUUUAUAUGUGAUAGCAGCGGUUGUGUAGUUUGGGGAUUUUCCAGGUUGAUCUGUCUGACGUUCCCCAAACCAACCACACUGAAAGCACCAGUGUUACCAAAAGAACACCUGCAUAGACGCAGCUGCUUUAGGUCUUUUCUUUGUAAAACCUGAAUGAGCCUGAGGCCUGGAUCCAACUACUGUAGCCUCUGUCCAUAGGGAAACAAUGACUCCACCAGGCUGUGAUUCACUUAUUAAUUUACCUGAGCAGGAAAUCACCUUGUUUUUCUUUGUUAAAACAUUUACACUUUUUCCCUGUUUGGCCUCCUGCUCAUUAUUCUGACUGUUGGUGCAUAUCUUUAUAGACAACAGCAUAAAAAACAAAAGUGUAGGUUAGAAACAAACUAAAUAAAUUAUUAUCUUGGGUUAUGUUCAUUUGUUCACUGUCAAACAUAACUUUUUAUUUUAAUGCCUCCAUAAAAUCAAACAAACAAGUAUAUUUUAUUGAGUCAUACUUGUAUAAAGAUAAAACUAAAAUGUAAAAUGUGCAUGUGGCCAGUUUUAU